AUUGAUUGAAUCAACAGCUGGUGGGCGGUUGCGCGCGCCCUUGGUGUGCUGCGCGCCGCCGCCUCGCCGCCCAGCGUCGCUGCCGCCGCCGCCAGACACGACUCGAACCACGACCGGCGAUGGUACGCGUGGCGAUGGCGCCGCACCCGCUGCUGCUCGCCACGGUGGUGGUGGCCGUCGCCGUCGACGCCAUAGACCUGAGCAGGCUCUAUGGUCACCAGGGUUUCGUCAAACGUACCGUCGGUGACGCUUGCCACCCGUACGAGCCGUUCAAGUGUCCGGGCGACGGCAACUGUAUAUCGAUACAGUACCUCUGCGACGGCGCGCCCGACUGUUCGGAUGGUUACGAUGAAGAUUCGCGUCUCUGCACGGCUGCGAAACGCCCGCCGGUUGAAGAAACGGGCAGUUUUCUCAAGUCAUUGCUCGCUAGUCAUGGCCCCAAUUAUUUGGAGAAGCUUUUUGGUAGUAAGGCGCGUGAUGCGCUCAAACCACUCGGCGGCGUUGACAAGGUCGCUAUUGCUCUCUCAGAAUCUCAAACGAUUGAAGACUUUGGCGCAGCAUUACAUCUGAUGCGUUCCGAUCUUGAGCAUCUGCGUUCGGUUUUCAUGGCGGUGGAGAAUGGUGAUCUCGGCAUGUUGAAGUCAUUGGGCAUCAAGGACUCCGAAUUGGGCGAUGUGAAGUUCUUCCUCGAGAAGCUGGUGAAUACCGGUUUCCUGGACUGAAUGCUCGCCGACCCUGCUGUCACCGCCAACCGCCUCUUCUUCGCCCACCCUCUACCGCACGCGCCCCUCAGCAAGGACUUCUACUCGUAUCUGCCGUACGACGCGGCGCGUCCCAUCUACCGGCGAUGAGAGGUAACAUCCCAUAAAUGACAUAACCUACAUCUUACUCGCUUCCGGCAGCAGAGUCCUCUGAAAUCCGUCCCUUUCCACUUCUAAUCCUUAGAGAAUGAGAAUGAGAAUGAACACUGAGAGCAUCAGUGCAAACAAAAUGGCGGUCCGCGUCUGUCUCCGCGCAUCGUCCAAUCAGCAAUCAGCAAAACAAAAGAUUUAAAAAUCGAAACAUAUCAAUAUUUAUAUGCAUUUAUGGCAUUUUAAAUGAAACUAACAAGAAAGACGUGAAAGAAACACAUAUUAAUUGUAGAUUGUAAGCAAUUUUGAUUCUAUACCAACACAAACAAAAUCGAACAACAUAUCAUUAGUAUUAGCGUAUAAUAUUCUUAGAAAAUAAAAUCUUCAAUUAAAAUUAAUCAUCAAGAUAAAGACAAAAAACAAAACCAUCGACGUGUAAAAUAUGAAAAAAAAAGAAGUGAAGAAAAGGUACGACGGACAAAAGAGGAACAAAAAAUGAAACAAAACGACAACGGAAUAAAAAACAAGAAGAAAAUGAAUUCGGGCGGCACUAAAAUAUAACAGAAUUGCAAUGUAUGCAACCCAAUGUGCAGCAUAAUGCGUGGACGCUAACUGAUCAGUCGCCGUUUGACUACAAAUCAAAAUCGUACGCGUUGGAUUGCUUUUUUAGGGCCUUGCGCAUCCAACUCACACGAUUUUAACACAGACAAAAUGGCGAUUGACCAGUGUGACAGUAUCAAACAUUAUACUAUUGUGAUCUCUUGAUGUACAUACAUAUCUACGUGGAUUUCAACAAAAAUAGAUUAGUAUAGCAUCUUUAGAGGUUAGAGGUUAGGUGACACUGCGUGUAUCGGUGCGUGAAUGCUGCAAGACACAUCUAUAUGCAAUUGAUAACGACCUGACACAUCACAAACAAGUGCUGGAUGUGUCUUCCACCUGCAACCCACCGUACACCGCACCACUGAAACAAAGAAUGACAGUAACUGUACUUGUACAAAACCAAAGAAAUACAAUCAGAAUAAAAACAGGAAAACCUUUGAAAUAAUGCACAAUCACAGCGUGAACAACAACAAAGUCAAUACAUAUUGAAUAAAAAACCAUUAAUUGGAAGAGUAAGUCGAGAAACAAACCAAAUGGCGACGCAACGCGAUGAGAAUCACAGAUGAAAAUAAAUCAAUCUUUAUUAUAUGAACGUAACUUAAUGAUAAUGAUGCAUAACAAAAUAUAUUAUAAAGAAAUAUUGAAGAAUAUAUUGAAAUAUAUAAAGAAAUAUAUAGAAGAUGCUAAGAAUAUAUUUUUUCGACUCGUAGUGGAGCUCUUUGUGCCCGGUGUGAGCAACAUUUCCGACUAUGAUGCAAAUGAUGACGAAAAGACAAGAAAUUAUUAAUUAAAUGUUAUAGAUGUACAUCACAAUACAUAUCUAUCUCUAUUUUACAAGAGAGGCUGGGGUUUCAAACUUGUAAACAUCUCUAAUCUAUAUCGCAUACAUAUCAGUGCAAGAAUUUUCGUUGAAUUGAGAACAAAAUCUAUAAAUUUGAGGUUAGAAUGGAAGGAUUAAGAUUAAUUAAGUACAUAAAUUGUUUAUUUGUUAUGUGAAUUUUUCAAAUCAAUAAAUAUAUGAACCGAAACAGUAAA